AUGGUGAUGCUGGACGAAGGCAAGCCCGAUACAUCCUUCCUUUCACCAACUUUCUCCCUCUGGAGAUAUCUGGCCUCGUACGGAUACCACCAUGGACAUAUCUCACUUGCAGCACUUCAAACAGCCACCCAACAUUCUAGGGAUGCAUUCCUACUGUUGAUAGCAGCUGGUACGCUCGGUAUAUUGUGGAUGAAGCGCAAGGAAAGGCUCCAUUUGGAUUUCGCCUGGUGUGAACGUCUACAGAACAACAAGGGAAUACAUCCCAAGUGGUUUGUGGCGUUUGAGAGAUUGUACACCAAUGACAAAUAUGUUCUAUGUGCAGGUGGUAUAAUCGAAGCAGGUCAACACACUUCACCUUUGUUAUUGUCGUUUUACCGGCAGCUGAAUGUACCUUUGUGCAUCCACUGGGGUGAGAUCUCGGGCCACGAGGCUGUUACCAAAGGGCAGUACAACGAGACGGGUACGAGUAUUUGGAAGGAUAAGGCAUGGGCAACAUACUGUGAUAAGGCGGAGGCUUUGAAGGAUAUCUUUCCGUCAACCAAAGAGUUCUGGAAACUUUUCAGGGGAAUACGCGAAGACCCACCCUCAGCUAGCACUCACUCUCAGUUUGCUCCAUAUCAGAGCCAUUACCAUCUCCCUGAUUCUGACUCACCCAAGGUCAAGGUCAACUCUGGUCAACAUCCUGGACAGAGUUGGCAGAAUUUCUUUGUGCACCGAGAUAAACGAAAUUUCACCCACCAGGUUGCAAAGGAGCAGUGUGUUGGUAUUGGGAUAACUGCAGUGGCUUCCGUGUUCGGACAUGUCUCACUCGUGGCUAGACGGAGAGUGAGUGGGAACGCCUCUAACGCACAGAAGAAGUAUGACGGUUUCUCCAAUACGUGGGAUCUCUGCAGCGAAUUUGGUGAUUUUGAUCCAGCCUUGGAUGACGACUGGGAGAAAGAUCCCCCAGCCGAAAACGUUGGUUUAUCAGCCACCAAUUCGGAGUUAGGAGAUGAUGAGGGCAGUCAUGAUAAAGAGCAAGGGGAGGAUAAGGAAGGGGUGAUUGAAGAUGAUCCACCCAUCAACAACAACAUCAUAAUUAGUUCAGGAGAAGCCCUGACAGCUAUCACAGGCUAUAUCGAAACAGAAGAGGAAGUGUUGGCCUGCUUCGUUCCUUUGACAAUGGCAGAGGUUGCUUAUGAACGUUACAGUUUCAGUGACUGUGAAUGGGAGAGGGAAAACAUCGACCCCGCAAACCUGGACACCACCCAAUAUCUGUUGGGCAAUGGUCAGUGGUGGAACAACCCUGCGAACACCUUGUUCUCUGAACCCGACCCAGGCCGGGAAAUUCUGGAUAAGCUUUGUCAAUUCUUCCAUAUACUUUUGCAUACCCAGACUCCUAUGUCUUUUCCAAGCCACAAUUUCUCUGACCCAUCCUCAUACAUUUGGGAUCUGUUGAAUUGGGAGAUCUGUGUCAUUCAAGUGACGAUCAAUGGCGAGGACUGGCACCUGGUUCACAAGAAAGCUGAUCUACUUUCCCUGAAAAUGGUGUUGCAUGUAAAAUGCCCUGUAUCAGUGUUGCAUAUCAUUUGCUGUGCUUGGGGUCCCGACCUCCAUGUUAUAGCGUCUCAGCUUCUAAGGUUCGGAAUUAGGUUCCACACACUCGUUUAUGGCAAACCACCUUCUCAACAGCUGGUUUGGCAGUGA